CACCGCUCCGUGGGUCUCCGCGCCUGCCUGCGGCCGUGGCCCACCGCCUCUCCAUUCUGUUCCUGCCCCCCAGAGCUGCUGGAGGACCUGUCCGAAAGCCGGGAAUGCGUCAACUGCGGCUCCAUCCAGACCCCGCUGUGGAGGAGGGACGGCACCGGCAACUACCUGUGCAACGCCUGCGGUCUCUACACCAAAAUGAACGGCCUCAGCCGGCCCCUCAUCAAGCCCCAGAAGCGAGUGCCCUCCUCCCGGCGGCUGGGCUUGUCCUGUGCCAAUUGCCACACCACGACCACCACCCUGUGGCGCAGGAACGCGGAGGGUGAGCCUGUCUGCAACGCCUGUGGCCUCUACAUGAAGCUCCACGGGGUUCCCCGACCUCUUGCUAUGAAAAAAGAAGGGAUUCAGACCAGGAAGCGAAAACCUAAGAACAUAAAUAAGUCAAAGCCACACUCUGGUAACAGUACUACUGCGGUUCCUAUGACUCCAACAUCCACGUCUUCUACUAACUCAGAUGACUGCAGCAAAACCGCUUCUCCCAGCACACAGACUGCAGCCUCUGGGGCGAGCUCAUCGGUGAUGUCUGGCCCAGGAGAGAGCACCAGUCCCGAAAGCAGCAACCUUAAGUAUUCAGGUCAAGACGGGCUGUACACAGGAGUCAGCCUGACCUCCACGGCCGAAGUGACGGCAUCUGUGAGACAGGAUCCCUGGUGUGCCCUGGCUCUGGCGUGACCCAGCAUGGGGGAAGCUGGAUCCCAGCGCUGUGCAGCAGCCCCUGGACAUCCAUGCACUGUUUCUUCUGCAGAGCAGUGGCGGCGGCAGCAAGAGUGCUGGCAAGAACCAUUCCUCUGAAAUUGUUUCCGUGCCUGGGCAGCAGAGGUGUUUUUCAGCCUCCGAAAGAGGCUGUGCUGAAGCAUCCAGUUCUUCAUCUAUGCAAGAAAAAUUUAGGGAAAACAAAUUCCCACUGAGGGAUAACUAAUGCA